AUGAUCUUCUUUGCCCUUUUGAAUCAAGAACACGAACACUUUUCUUUCUUCUCAAGACAAGAUCCUGAAGGAGGACUAGUAACCUCUUGGGGCGGGGCCACGACAACAGCUAAGGCUCAGGAUGAAAACUCUUUGCGCUUGUUGGGCCUCCUCAUUAGAACACUAUUAAAAAGUUUUUGCCUUCAAAAUCAAACUGCAAAUCUAGGGUUUAGAAUUUCUCCAUUUGUGUGCUCGAGCUCGACGCCAACGCAAGAAGAAGAAUGGGUCACUCGAACAUCUGGAACUCGCAUCCUAAACUAUACGGACCUGGUUCUCGAACUUGCCGUGUAUGUGGUAACUCGCAUGGACUUAUCAGAAAGUAUGGGCUCAUGUGCUGCAGACAGUGCUUCCACAGCAAUGCCAAGGAAAUUGGCUUUAUUAAGUAUCGUUGAUUAAUGGAUGGUGGAACAAGCGGAGGUUGCAAUUUUCAAGCAGAAGCAUGUUAUGAAGUAGCUGUCUGUAAUCUUUUAGCCUUGAAAAUUUGGCAUUAUUAUUUCUAAACUAAUGUUAUGUCUAGUGUAAGACUUUGUUGAUGAAGUUUGGUAAGAAUUGUUUCAAUUUCACUGUUUUUCUUUACACAUUUUUAACGCCAC